CUUUUUCAAAAAACAGACUUAGUUUUCGAUUGAUGGCUUAUUGUUCCAACAUCGUUAUUUCAAGAGAGGGAAUAAACGUUCAUGAUGCACUUUAUGGCGUCCAAAGUCCAAAGGAUGUUCUUUUUAUAUAAAAAGAACAGAGAAAACAAGAGUAAUGAAGAUUCUACGACAAAUAAUGAUGUGAAAAAUAUCCCUUUUGAUAAGAAGAAAUUUGAUUUGAAGAAGGUUGAACUGCUACGUACUGUAGGCACAGGAACGUUUGGUCGUGUAAUUGUAGUUCACGAUAAAUGUUCACAACAAUACUAUGCAUUGAAAGUAUUGAUAAUUGAGGAAUUGGUACGAUUAAAACAAGUAGAACAUGUCAAAAAUGAAAAAUCAAUAUUGAUGCAAUUGAACCAUCCAUUCAUUGUGAAGCUAUACUGGACAGGACAUGAUGCCAAACUUUUAUACAUGUUAUUUGAAUAUAUAUGCGGUGGUGAAUUAUUUAAAUAUCUUCGUGAAGUGGGUCAUUUUUCAUCAGAAACCACGCGAUUUUACGCGAGUGAAAUUAUUUUAGCGCUGAAAUAUCUACACAGUUUGCAUAUUGUCUAUCGAGAUUUGAAACCAGAAAAUUUACUUUUGGAUUAUUCGGGUCACUUGAAAAUGACUGAUUUUGGAUUUGCAAAACAUGUUAAAGACCGGACCUAUUCUCUCUGUGGUACACCUGAAUACUUGGCACCUGAAAUUCUCCAAGGUAAAGGUCACAAUCAUGCAGCCGACUGGUGGACCACUGGGAUUAUUAUUUAUGAAAUGCUGGUUGGUCGUCCACCGUUUUACGAUGAAAAUGAUAAUCGAUUCAAUAUAUAUCAGAAAAUUGUUUCGGGUGAUUUUGACUUCCCUGAAGAAAUCACAGAUGAAAAUGCUAAAUCAAUCGUCAGGAAGUUUUUACGUGCGAAUAUCAAUGAACGAUUAGGCAGUUCUAAGAAUGGUGUAUAUGAAAUACUAGAACAUCCAUGGUUCGUUGAUAUUUGUUGGAAUGACGUUUUUCAGAGGAAGUUAAAGCCUCCAAUCAUACCUAAGGUACAGAGUAAUGGUGACACCUGCUGUUAUGAACAAUAUUUUGAACAGGAUUGGUCCGAAAUUCCUAUAUCCAGUAUUAGUUCCCGUAACUUAUUCAAAGAAUUUUAAUGAAAAGCAUAUGAAUUACCAUUUAAUUCUUUAGUCUACUAAUAGUGAUUAGCUUUAAACACAAGAAACCAUCAAUUCGUUUGCUGAUCAGCGUGCCGAUUCAAUUGUUCAGCCAUGAAGUAUGCUCAAAUUUAAGCCCCAUGAUGAAAUAAAAUUCCUAAAAUAUACGAUUGUCAAUGUUGAUUGACAAUAAAACUGGAAUAUGGUUAAUUUUGUAAAAUGAUAUUUGUAGUCGUUCAGUGUGUUAUCUCAUUUCCAAUUAAGGCAUUGUGAAUUAUAUUAUACCUAAAUCAGCAACAUUACCAGUGUGAAAAUAAUUUUCUUCUAUUUAUAAGCUUUUUUCUGCUUAUGAUGGUCUUCAAAAGUUUUCUUUACUAAAAUAUAGAAAUAUAUGAAUUUUCAUUGUUUUACAUUUAUCAGUAAGACCAAAAUUAUACUGUACAAUGUUCAUAAUGCUAUUAAUAAUCACAUUACCAAAUAUUUUUAUGUGAAUAAUGUAAAUGGACAUGUUUCUUGUUAAGUUCUUACCUAGUACAGGAGUUUAACUAAUAUUUGGAAAACUUUUCUGUCUAAUGAAUAAAUACCAACUGAAUAACACCGUGAAAAGUUAAACAAACAUCUACAAUCCCAACAAGUGAUCAGCACUACUUAUGUUUAAAAAAAGAUUAUAUUCUUCAAGUGCAUAUUCAACUUUAAAAAUAAUCCUAUUAUCUAAUUGUACCACGCAUUGUCUAUUUUUCGUUAUACUCAGUUAUCAAUGAAACAUUUCUCUGUUGGCCAACUCAAACUAUAUUGAUGUUUCGGAAUUGUCAAUUCACAGUAUUUCGUUUUAAUUUUAUUUUUGUUUUGUUUUCUUGAUGUUAGAACGAUGAUUUAUUUGCACAUUUUAAUGAUUCCUUUAUUUUUUUUUUCUUCUUUUUGUUUAUAUCAUAAAAAUAAUUUUCUUUCAUCUUUACAUAUGAUGAAUUUAAAAAUGAAAAUAUCUAUCCAUUGUUAUUUGUUCAGUCAUUAUGUGAUUAAUGUGAAUAUGAUCAUUUUUCUUCAAAUUAUUGAAAUUAUCUAAAUUUCUUUUAUUCAAGCAUGUAAAAUAAACUUAUACAUAAUGUUCAGCUUUGAUGAAUGAUUACAGUAGUAGAGUUACACAAAAAGUAAAAUGUUACUAAACUUUUUUUAUCAUUGAUAAUAAUAAUAACAAUAAUAAUGAUAAUAAUAAUACACUUAUUUUCAGUGAACCCGUUAUUUUCCGGUGUUUAGUUUUCCAACAAAAUGUAUUGUGUUGUACUCUUAUAUUAUAUUUUAUCAUUAAAAAAAAAUUUACUUGGGUCAUCAGUUGUUUUUGCACACAAUUUCAUUUUCGAAGUUUCUUUAUUUUUGUUCACAUGUUUAUUUAUGAAUGAUAAAAAACGAAAGUAAAUUUAAUUAGCUUGUUAAAAGUGUUUACGCAUGUUUAUUAUUUUUUUUGUUUUGACUUAUUUUAUGAUACAUUAUCUCCUAUUUCUCGCC